AAUGCCACCUCUAGACUUCCCUGUUUAUAAAAAAAAAAGGAAAACUUGCACCAGUUGUUUUUGUUGAAUUUCUCUAACAAAAUAAUCACCUUAACCAUGUCCGACGAGUACGCAUGCGUGGCCAAGGGCAAGCUCAAACUUAAGAACGACUCGGAUCUUAAGAAGAAAAAAAAGAAGCACAAGAGCAAGGACAAAGAGAAGGAGCUCCAAAAGUCGUACGUAGAGCAGCAAUUGGCGGAGGUGGGUUCCACGACGUCGUCCGGCACCAGCGGAUACGAACGCAAGCUUACCAAGGCGGAAUUGGCCAGUAAGAAGCAGCAAGAAAAGAUGCGAAACAAACGGAUCAUGGACAAGGCACAAACAACCCACAAGGAGCGCGUAGAAAAGUUUAACGAGCACCUGGAUACUCUCACCGAGCACUUUGACAUCCCCAAGGUGUCCUGGACAAAAUGAGGCGACACAGCUCGUAACUUAAAGCAUACGUUUAUUAUUAGGUUAAGUAAUUUCGACUAUGUUGUGACCUGGGGCGCGGAAAUAGUGAGAGGAAGGCCAAAAUAAACAAUCCGGAUGGCACAACUAAGCUAAAUACACA